AUGCAAGUCAGAAAUUUUGUUAAUACCGUUCCCAGUCUUAAUGAUAAAAGUAUUAAAAUCUAUUAUGAGCACAUAUUUUCACAACCGUUUAAAAUAAUCAAUGGUGAAUACAUUUAUGAAUACCCUAAACACUGGGUUGAUUAUAACACUGGCGAAAAAGCAAUUGAAAUAAGACAGAUAAAAACCAUUCCUGCAGGACGAACCAUUGAAUUAUAUAACUUUGGAAUAAUAAGAGAUAAUCAUCAAUAUGAUUUACAGAUUUAUAUAGAUUUAGACACAGGAGAUGAUAUGACAGCAUUUAAUAAAAAGAUUAAAUCGGUUCUUAUUGAACAGUUAAAAGGUGCCGGAUAUCCUCAACCUAAUGAAGUUGAUAUGUUUUAUAGUUUUGAAACUAAUUCAAUAGAAUUUCGUGUUAAUUCAAAUUCAAAAGCUGGUUUCAUAUUUGAUUUA